AUGAAGAUGAUGAUGUAUCCAGGUCGUCUAUUGUGGCGAAAGCCGUCCUCUCCUGCUAGUGCCAGUGCAACGGGUCUGGUUGCUGUUGCCUUGUUUAUACUAGCAAGUAGUAGUACAUCGAACGCCUGUACUGUCUUUAUUGUGGGCAAGGAUGCCACAACCGAUGGAUCCGUCUUGGUGACGCAUUCCAACGAUGGAGAGUUUGAUACGGAUCCUCGAUUGGUCAAGGUCCCUGCACAAGAUCAUGAUGAUGGGGCCAGCAUGCGACCAGUCUUUUUCUCUCCCGAAAGCUAUCCUCGUUACGUGGGUCAAGAUCGCGGUGUCCCCGAGUAUUCCCCACAAGAAAACCAACAACAAAAACCGUUUAAACCCAUUGGAUUCAUUCCUCAGGUCCCUCACACGUUUGCCUAUCUCGAAGACACAUACGGAGCCGUCAAUGAGCAUCAAGUGGGGAUUGGAGAAUCGACUUGCAGUGGUGUCUUUGGAGCCGUGCCCUUGGGAGCUCCCAAUGGAACGGCGCUCCUUAGCGUCGACGCGUUGACGCAAAUUGCCAUGGAACGAGCCACCACGGCACGACAGGUGGUGGAACUCAUGGGACAAUUGGCCGAACAAUACGGAUUCUACGGUGCUGGAGAAUUCGAAGGCACAUCGGAAAGUUUGGGCGUUACCGAUCCAAACGAAGCUUGGAUUUUUCACAUUUUACCGGAUCCCACUGGGAAAUCUGCCAUUUGGGCGGCACAAAAGAUACCCAGCAACAGCUUUGCGGUACUGGCCAAUAUGUUUGUGUUGAGGGAACUGGAUCCAAACGAUAAAGACAACUUUCUCAUGAGUGAUUCCGUUCACAGCGUCGCGCAAGACUAUGGCUGGUGGCAUCCUACCGACGGAACCUUGUUGGAUUUUACCAAGGUCUACAGUGACGGGGAAUACGCUCACAAAUUCUACAGUGGAAGACGCAUGUGGGGUGGUUUUCAUCUGGCUUGUGAAUCGCAACAAUACCCCAGUGACUACAAGGACCUGCAGUCGGAUCCGGUCUACCCUCUCUACUGCACACCGGAUCACAAAAUCAGCAGUGCGGAUCUUUUUCGAUACCACCGAUACACCUACCAGAACACUGCAUUUGAUCUGGGAGCCGAAGGAAACUUGGCAGCUGGUCCGUUUGGCUCUCCUGAUCGAUGGAAAGCAGGCCCCGGCGAAGCUGCCGUAGGAGGUAACUGGGAACGACCAAUUGGACUCUAUCGGACAUCCGACACCUAUGUCGUUGCAUCGCAUGCAGACUGGAAUUUGGGAGCCGUCUUGUGGUUUGGACCGGCCUCGGCACUCGCAACUGUCUUUACACCAUUCAUAGUGGCACUGGCAGAUGUACCGGCGUCCUUUCGAAGCGGCCAUCAUGCCGAAUUCAGCCGGGCGUCCGCCUUUUGGGCAGCCUGUGUCGCGCACAAUGUUGCCAAUCUCAAGUGGAACUACGCCAUUCAGGAUGUUACAAAGCGACAAAAUGAGUUGGAAGGAGCAUCCAUUCGAAUGGUGCGAGCGCAAGAACAAGAUUACCAAAAGAACCACAAUUUGACUGCUGCUCAGGAAGCAUACGAUCAAAACAUCCAGGCCAUUGUGACGUCUUUGUGGUCUCUCUCGGACGAGAUCUUGUUCAAGUAUGCUAGCGGAUUCGUCAAUGAGCCAGGCACAGACAAGGGAAUGUCUCAAAUGGUGGGAUACCCUGCUUGGUGGUUGAAGGAAGUUGGAUUUGCACAAGGUCCACCACCGCCGCCUACAAAACCAAAGUGUUGUCAUCCUCCCAAGCAAGACGACCAUCACACCAGUAACCAUGAAACAAUGGAGGAAGGCCCGGCUCUUCUCACCGGAAAGGCUGCCAUGAAAAACUAUUUGAGAAACUUCGACGACAGCGUUGCAUAA